AUGCCCCCUCGUUCUACUGCUCAGCGUCGUUUGUUGAAGGAAUAUCAGCAGCUCUCAAGAGACCCUCCAGAGGGCAUUAUUGCUGGUCCUGCCAACGAAGACAACUUGUUUCUUUGGGAUUGUUUGCUUGAAGGUCCUCCUGAUACUCCCUACCAAGAUGGUGUAUUUUCUGCUACUCUACUGUUUCCCAAGGACUAUCCUCUAGCUCCUCCUACUCUUAAGUUUUUUCCUCCAAUUUUGCAUCCCAAUAUCUACAAAGAUGGCACUGUAUGCAUCUCCAUUUUGCAUCCUCCUGGCGAUGAUCCUCAUCAAUACGAAAGAGCAGAAGAAAGAUGGUCCCCUGUUCAAAGUGUCGAGAAAAUCUUGUUGUCUGUCAUUAGCAUGUUAGCUGAACCAAAUCCUGAAUCUGGUGCUAAUAUUGAUGCAUGCAAAUUAUGGAGAGACAAUAGAGUUGAAUUUGAAAGAAUUGUCAAAGAAGAUGUGAAAAAAUCUCUAAGUCUCUAA